AUGGGCUUGGCGGGAAGUGCGGCGCCCUCGCGGGGCCCGGAUCCCGCCUACGAGGACCAGGAGGUGGUGUACCCGGUCAGAGUGGACGAGAGGGGCGCCUUCCUCUCCUACAACCUGUCCCACCGCCUGCUGUCCAAAAGGGCCGUCUUCUCCCGGAUUCGCCCGGGGGCCUUUUACGCCCUCUUCCACCGAGGGCAGCAGCUGCGCUUCAACCUGAGCCUCAACCCUCACCUCCUGGCCCCCGGCUUUGUCACCGAAAAGCGGUGUGGAGGCGUCUCUCGGGCCCGGAUUCAAGCGUCCAGCCGGAACCCGUGUCAUAUGAUCGGGUCUGUUCAGAACUGGGACAAAGAAAGGGGGCUGGCGGCCCUCAGCACGUGCGAUGGGCUGAAAGGCGUCUUUCACCUGGCUGGCCAAGACUUCUUAAUUGAGCCACUGGCUCCCAGCAACCUGAGGGAGGAGGGCACAGCCCAACCACACAGGAUAUCUCGACGUCAUGUUUGGGAGCACGAAGCUGAAGAGUUUAUUUCGGUCCUGAGCACGAAAGGAGCCAGGAAGCAGCCAGCUUCUGUCAGGAUGUGUGGGGUGCAAGAAGAUGCCAAUGGCUCGGAGAGGUCGAGGGAACGUUGGGAGGAAAAGCAGCAGAGGAAGCGGCGGAUCAAGCCACGCUCGGUCAGUAAGGAGAAGUGGGUGGAGACCCUGGUGGUGGCUGAUACCAAGAUGGUGGAGUACCACGGCAGCCGGCAUGUUGAGAAGUAUGUCCUGACAGUCAUGAACAUGGUGGCUGGUUUAUUCCAUGAUGCCAGCAUUGGGAACCCGGUCCACGUUUCUAUUGUGCGUCUCAUCUUUCUGGAGGAUGAGGAGGAGGAUCUGAAAAUUAGUCACCAUGCCGACAACACCUUGAGAAGUUUUUGCAAGUGGCAGAAAGCCAUCAACCCCAAGGGGGAUGCUCACCCCCUGCACCAUGAUGUCGCCAUCUUGCUCACCAGGAAGGAUCUCUGCACUGCCAUGAACCGCCCAUGUGAGACAUUGGGCCUGGCCCACGUCUCUGGCAUGUGCCAACCACACCGGAGCUGCAAUGUGAACGAGGACACGGGUCUUCCAUUGGCCUUCACCGUGGCCCAUGAACUGGGACACAGUUUUGGGAUUCAGCACGACGGCAGCGGCAAUGACUGUGAGCCAGUUGGGAAAAGGCCUUUCAUCAUGUCUCCGCAGCUCCUGUACGAUACUUCGCCCCUCACCUGGUCUCUGUGCAGCAGGGAAUACAUCACACGCUUCCUGGACCGGGGCUGGGGGCUUUGUCUGGAUGACCCCCCAGCCAAGGACGUGAUCGGCUUCCCCUCAGUUCCACCCGGAGUCCUCUACGAUGUCAGCCACCAGUGCCGACUCCAGUAUGGCGCCUACUCCACCUACUGCGAUGACAUGGAUAGCGUCUGCAACACCCUCUGGUGCUCUGUGGGGAACACAUGUCACUCCAAGCUGGACGCAGCUGUCGACGGCACCAAGUGUGAGGAGAACAAGUGGUGCUUCAAUGGAGAGUGUGUGAGUGUUGGGUACCGCCCAGAGUCUGUCCAUGGAGGCUGGGCAGGCUGGAGCUCCUGGACGGCCUGCUCCCGGACUUGUGGGGCUGGAGUGCAGAACGCGGAGCGGCCAUGCAACAAUCCUGCCCCCAAGUAUGGCGGGCGAUACUGCCUGGGAGAACGGAAACGCUUCAGGGUCUGCAACGCACAGCCGUGUCCGGCAGGGGAGCCCUCUUUUCGGCAGAUCCAGUGCAGCCGCUUUGACCACCGGCCCUACAAAGGAAAGCUUUACAAGUGGAGCCCCGUCCCCAAUGCCAGCAACCCUUGCGAGCUGCACUGUCGACCCGACAAGGAGUACUUUGCUGAAAAGCUUCGUGAUGCUGCCAUUGAUGGGACCCCGUGCUAUGAAGGGAGCGGCAGGCGAGACAGGUGCAUUAACGGGAUCUGUAAGAACAUUGGUUGCGACUAUGAAAUUGACUCCUACGCUGUGGAGGACCGGUGUGGUGUGUGCCAGGGGGAUGGAUCAACCUGUCAGACAGUCAAGAAGACCUUUGAGGAGAGCGAGGGGCUGGGUUACGUUGAUGUUGGCCUGAUCCCGGCCGGAGCACGUGAGAUCCAGAUCGUGGAGGUGGCCGAAGCAGAGAACUUCCUGGCUUUGAGAAGUGAGGACCCCAAGAAAUACUUCCUGAAUGGUGGCUGGACCAUCCAGUGGAACGGUGACUACAAGGUGGCUGGGACCACCUUCACCUACAAGAGGAUGGGAAAUUGGGAAAACCUGACUUCUCCAGGGCCCACAGAAGAACCCGUUUGGAUUCAGCUCCUGUUUCAAGAGAAGAACCCGGGAGUCCGCUAUCAGUACACCAUCCAGCAGGAGUCCAAGAACCAGACUUCGGUUGCUCCAGCUGAGUUCUUCUGGCACUAUGGACCCUGGACAAAAUGCACAGCUACCUGUGGGACAGGGGUCCAGAGACAGAUGGUGCGUUGCCUUGAGAAAGCCGCUGGGUUUGUGGAGGAGCGGUACUGUGAUGCUCUUAGCCGGCCUGAUGACCAGCGAAGGAAUUGCAACAAGGAACCAUGUCCAGCCAGGUGGUGGGCUGGGGAGUGGCAGGUGUGUUCGGCCACCUGUGGCGACUCUGGACUGAUGAAGAGGACCGUCCUCUGCAUUCAGAGCGUGGCCCCGGAUGAGCAGCAAGCUCUGCCACCCGACAAGUGCCAACAUCUCACCAAACCAGAGACCACAGCUGCUUGCAACCGCGAAGUCCUCUGCUUGGCACCGUGGGUCAUGGGCAACUGGUCAAAGUGCUCAGUGACCUGUGGGAAAGGAACCCGAAGGCGCCCCGUUUUCUGCCCCACGGACCCCAGAGCCAAGUGCGAUCCAGCGGAAAGACCGGCCGCUGAGCUCAACUGCUGGGCUCCCCCCUGCUGGAGUCGGGCGGAGGGCGCUGCUCCCGACUGGUCUGGAAGUGGCUCUUCAAGCCAGGAACUGUUCAACGAAAUCAAUUUCAUCCCCAAUUAUCCUGCCCCCAAAUUUAGUCCUUCAGCUCCCAAAUCUGAAAAUGUUAUUGCAGAGGAAGUUCUACCCCCCAACAACCAUAAGAAGGGAAAUGUGUUUGUGGAUGACUUUUAUUAUGAUUAUAAUUUUAUCAAUUUCCAUGAGGAUUUGGCUUAUGAGCUGGUUGAGGAAAAGAACAGUAGAAAGGAAGACUUGAAGCCCAACUUUGGGGUCAAGAUUUUUCACAAGGUGGAGGCGGAUCCCCAAGAAACGCUUCCUGAUCUUUCCCCCACCACAGACCUGGAAGUCAAGCUGGCUAAUCAAGGCUCCACCUUUCCCACUGUUGGGCAGGAAUAUGAGAAGGAGCACGAUAACGUUCAGGGCAGAAGCACAACUGGCACUUUACAGGAUCCCUUUCUUACCCCAGUUGUCGCCAGCUCUUCUGCUUCAGUUCAUCGGGAAAACUUCCAGCCAUCACUUUCGGACAAUCUCCCCUCCACUUCAACAGUGAAGUCCCCUCCUUUGGAGAGCAACCACCACGUAUUGGGUGGUGCUACUCAAGAACCUCCUUUUGCAACUACUUUUUUGAAAGACAGCACUGCAAGACCUGGUUCCUCCACCCGCUCUCCUGACUUGGAUGUAGUUACUCCAACAAUGUCUUCUGCCAAGGACAACUAUUGGAGAAGUGAAUUUGGUACUCUUAGCAGCACAGAAAAUCCUGGUGGAAGGAUGCAGGACCCUAAGCUCCCCGACCUCAGUGAUAAUCAUUUGAUGGAAGAAACCAGCAGAAAGCAGAGCAAUAGAGACAGAGCCACUGUCCGUGGUGAAGACCAGCAGCAAACGAAUCAGAUUAAGACAGAUUUGGACACUAAGCCUAUGCCUUCCACUGAGGACCGGGAAUUCUCCAGAGGCAGAAGUGAAAGUCCACCUCCCCAUGUGCCAAUUGCCAGUAGUAAAGGAGGUGCUGGCGGGCCUGGGGCGAGGUUUCAGGAACCAGGAGAGAAGAUGGCACCUUCUGUAGCGCCUGCUGCUGCUGCUGCAAUAGCUGCUCUCAACGCUAGCUGGGAAGCUGGAAACUGGAGUGGGUGCUCUACAACCUGUGGCCUUGGGGCUGUUUGGAGGGUUGUGCACUGCAGCACCGGAAAAGAGGACGACUGUGACUUGACUACAAAGCCCACUCCUGCCCGGCGAUGUUACCUGAGGCCGUGUUCCAAGUGGCACAUUGGGAAAUGGAGUAAGUGCUCCAGGACCUGCGGAGGCGGUGUGAAGGUUCGGAGCAUCCACUGCAUUGACACACGGGGUCAGCGACCUCUGCGGCCCUUUCACUGCCAGACUGCCUCACACAAGCCUCCAACGCAGUUGCCGUGCCACACCAAGCCCUGUCUGAGUUGGUACACCUCCACCUGGAGAGAGUGCUCUGAACUGUGUGGAGGGGGUGAGCAAGAGCGCCUGGUGACGUGUCCCGGAUUGGGGAGGUGUGACCCAGCCCUCCGGCCAAACAGUACAAGACUGUGCAACACCCAGCCCUGCACCGAGUGGAGAGUGGGAUCUUGGGGGCAGUGCACGGCCACGUGUGGCGAGGGCAUCCAGAGGAGGCAAGUGAAGUGCCUGAACACAAAAACCGGACAGGCGGAAGAAGACAGUAGCUUGUGUGAGCACGAACCGUGGCCAGAGAACAACCAGAGAUGCAAUUCCCAGGACUGUCCUGACAGCGAAGCAGGCUUCAUCUGUGAGCGCGACCACCUCUCCUUCGGCUUCUGCCAGACCCUGCUGUGGCUGGGAAGGUGCCACCUGCCCGCAGUCAGUGCCCAGUGCUGCCAGACCUGCCACCCACAUGGCCUGCUCCAUCGGGAUCGUGGUGAUGAGCGCUCCUCCCGGAAGUGAACGCCUCCGUGCCCAGGAACCU